AUGCCGCUGACGAUUCAAAAAACGUCAACGGUUUUCGUUAGUCUCGGACGUUCGCGAUGGACGACGACGACGACGCGGACGGCGACGCUCGGACGGGUCACAGGGACGGAACGGACGCGGGCGGUGGUCGCGACGGCGCGCGCGCGACGUGGGGCGGUGCUCGCGAGCGGUGAGAGCGCGAGGGAGCGGGCAAAGGCGCUGAGCGGACGCGGCGACGGACAGCGAAGAGGGAGUCAGACGAAGCCGAAGCAGCGAGCGCAGGUGGAGGUGCGAGCGAUGCAUAAACCGAUGGCGAUGCCCACGGCGCUCGUGAAAGAGUGUGUGGAGGGACCGCUGGAGCUGGCGACCGAUGAGCAUCGCGUGCUGGUGCUGGACGUCGGUUACAGAACGAUAGACAUCGUCUCGUGGCAGCGCGCGGUGGUGCUGCAGAUGUACGAAAAGGUUGACGUCGUCGCGUAUUACGAUGGACCGUGGGCGCUGAGUGCGGAGGAUGCGUAUUACGUCCCGGCGGUUGUGCGCACGCGGGAGUACAGCAGGCACGUGAGUCACAAGACGCCGCUUGUCUCUCUGCACAGAAGGAAUAUUUUCAUCCGCGACGGUUUUAGAUGCCAAUACUGCGGUACAGGGGACGAUUUGACGGUCGAUCACGUCUUUCCGGCGUCCAAGGGAGGGCCCUGGACGUGGGAGAAUCUCACCACGGCGUGCGCGCGAUGCAACAACAAGAAGGGCGACAAGCUGUUGUCGCAGAGCGGGCUCAAGCUGCGCAGCCAGCCGAAGGCGCCGACGGUGGCAAACAUGUGCCUUUACACGCGACACGGGCGAUUUGUUAACCCACCGGAGGAGUGGGUGCCCUUCAUCCCCGUCGACCAAAUCGUAAAAACUCAUGAGAAACGGAAGAAGGCGAACUCGAAGGGGGCGGCCGUCGCUCGGUGCAGAUGA